AUGUCCCUCCUUGCGAAUUCCCCGUUCUCAAGCAAAAUUAACAGCUUCUUCUCUCCGACAGAGCAAGACCUUCGACAGAUACGCGCUACACUCACUGAGCCACGCGCCCGGCUCGUACAGCUCGAUGAGGAUAUCGCGGAGACCGAAGCCACCUUGGCAGCCCUCAAGUCCCAGCGAGCGGCCCUCCAGCUUGAACUUGCCCCUCACGAGUCUCUUCUGGCGCCUAUACGUCGGGUUCCGCAGUACAUUCUGGAGGAGAUUUUCUUCGCGUGUCUUCCAACGGUCCACAAUGCCGUAAUCGAUGCGGCUGAAGCACCGCUGCUGCUUCGCCGUGUCAAUCGCCAUUGGCGCCAAGUCGCAGAGGCAACACCGCUGCUCUGGAGCAGCCUUCAUAUCUGCGGACUCAAGGACUCAGAGGCAUAUCACCGUCCGUACCCCGACCCGCGGGCUAGGCAGCCCAACUUCCAAGUCAAUACCAUGUCUGGCGUCCCACCUAACCAGUCGGCACUUCGCGACCUCAUAGAACAAUACCUCAACUGGUCUGCGGGAAGCCCGUUGUCGCUUUCGUACGUCGAACGACCUGACCAUUGGCGCACGUUCCCGUCAGACAACCUCAAACGCCAGAAUGCGAGUUGGGAGAUCUUCGAAGCGGCAUUGAAACAUCAUGAUCGCAUAAAACGCUUGGACAUAUGGGCCCCGUUAUGGCUCAUGAACGAGGCUGUGAAGCUGGCGCCGCAAGAGGCGCCGGCCCUGCGCCACGUCCGCCUCAUCGUCAGCAGUGGCAACGGUAUGUUCCACGGGCCUAAUUCAGGACUCUCGGAGGACGUGCUUCUCGAAAGCGCCGACAGCAUAUUGCGGAAAGCGGAUUUGACUUCAGUGUUCAUCUGCAGUCAGACGCGGCCGCUGGAGCUACCCCUCAUUUGGGAAAACCUCACCCACUUGGGCUUAGUUUGCGAGCCAAACUAUGCAAGCAUAUCAAGCCAUAUCGCCCACGUUGCUCCGGCCGGCGGAUUAGACCAAAACACUGUCUAUGCGAUAUUCCAACGGUGUCCCAAUCUCGCUCACUGCGAGCUAGCCAUCACCGUCCGCAAAGAGUUGGACCCUGCUGCUGCUGCAGUACUUUUAACAAUGGCCUCCCUGGAGCACCUGUGUCUGGCAUAUCUACACGUGAAUGACGCGCCGGAAGUUGACGUGGCCCAUCUUCUCCGCAACGUCAGCAUGCCCAAGCUCCGCCUCUUGCGUCUCGCCAGGUCCGUUGACUUUGUCAAUCUGCAGAAUAUUUCCGACGAAAAAUUGAACUACGGGCCCGAGGAACUAGCUGUGUCUAUAGACCCGAGCCAGAUCGGCAUCCGCUUCAUACUGGAUAUCCUCCAAGAGCUGCCGCGGACGACACAUCUGUUCCUGAUUCCGCAGGAGGAUCCCAACUGGCAUACUCACCGGAACUGGCUGACAAUGGUGGGCCGGGAAGACCCGACACUAUUCCCGGCAUUGACCGGCGACGUCCUCUGUCCGCUGCUCGUUUGUGUUCAGAUCAAUCUGCCCGUAGGAUGGAUGAAUUUCCGAGAUGCGGGACUCACGGCGUUUCUGCGCUCGCGCUCGACUGGGCCUGAGAGGUGUCUCCGAGCACUGACGCUGGACUUUGCGGGGGACCAGAAGAUCGACGUUGAUGAAGAGUUGCGUGAAAUAGCAAAAGCGCAGGACUCCGGAUUUGAGCUCAAUCUUGUUUAUACCCAAACACCGCCGCCCAACAAAUGGAUAUAUGACCCUCGACGUGGAUUGUAA